AUGCGUCAUCGGAAUCCCUAUACCGUAGGGUAUGAAUCAUUUGCACCUCUGGUCACACAGUUUGAGUUAGGUCACAGUUUGAGUUAUAUCUGUUUGUGUCUGCUUGGGCAGGAUGAGCACCCCUUGAAGAGCUACGGAGUGCUGUCAAUGAGCGGGGAGCUGAGGCGGGCAUUGUACGCCAGCAGCGCCGCUUCGCUGGACCUAGAGCCGUUCCUCCCCGAGCUCUCUGGCACUACGGAGAUAUUGUCCGAGGAACACAGGCAGCAGCUCUACAGGCACCUUCCUGCCAGGGCAGAGGGCUACGUGUGGACCUUGGUGUUCAGUACAUCUCAACAUGGAUUCUCACUUAACUCAAUGUACCGAAAGAUGUCGAGGGUUGAAAGUCCUAUCUUGAUGGUUAUUCAGGAUACUGACAACAAUGUCUUUGGGGCCCUUACCUCCUGCUCUUUGAAGGUAUCCGACCACUUUUAUGGUACCGGAGAGAGCUUACUUUUUAGGUUUGCCCCAGAAUUCCAAGUUUACAAUUGGACUGGAGAUAACAUGUUUUUCAUCAAAGGAAACAAUGAAUCCCUUUCCAUCGGAGCUGGAGAUGGAAAAUUUGGGCUUUGGCUCGAUGGAGACCUCUACCAAGGGAGGACAGAAUCAUGUGCCACCUAUGGAAACGAACCUCUUUCGCCCCAACAAGAUUUUGUCGUCAAAACACUGGAAUCAGGAUUCCGCUCUAGCUCACAAGGCAAGGUCAACUCAGCAGUAGCUGCAAAAGAAAAUUCCAGAGUUCAUCUCUGCCUCAGAUUGGCCCUCAGGAAGCCCUGA